AUGUCUGCUGAGUCCGACGUCGCGCUAACCCUGGGCCUCCUCAGUGUCCCGCAUGUGCUGUCCGUGAUGUGGCGGGUGGUGUCCCUGCUGUACUGGUACGAGGCGACCCAGCGGGGCCUGUGGGACGGGAGCGGGCGGGACCUGGGGCGGCUCCUCACCGGGCUGUGUCUGAGCGAGCUGGCCGACGGGCCCAUAGCGUACUUCCCGUUCAACCGCGCGGCUGUGCUCGUCAUCAAGGUGCUGAACCAGGGCUUGCUGUUCUCGCUGCUGUUCCAGGUCCACUCCAUGCGGGAGAGCCGAGCCGUGCCGAUGUCCGGGCGUCACCGCGUGUGUUUCGCGCUGAUGGUCGAGAACUGCGCAGCCUUCAGGCUGAGCUGGAACUACGUGCAGACGGCUGAGCUGGCCAUCGGGCUGCUCUCACAGGUCCUCGGGCUGGGUCCGGCCGUCCUGCCGCCGCUUCACCUGGCUCUCCUCGCUGCCUGCGUGCUGGCCACGGCGUGCACCGAGCUCGCCUUCCUGCAGACGUUCCGCUGGACCUUCGCGGCGCACAUCCCGACUCUACUGUGGGCAGCUUCACUCUACCAACAGUCCGCUUUAAGCGGCAGAAUCCUUUGUGUUCUGGGCGUCUUAAACGCACUGCUGGUGUUCAAAAAGCUGUUAGCGUGUAAAGAAACUGCUCCAAAAAAGCAUCAAUGUCUGACAGAUGUAGAUGAACAACUUUUGGAGGUCUAG